CGUCCCCGCUGACCUGCCAUCAUACAGUAAAGGUGCGGCCCCGUGGAACAGGUGUCGGAGCUACAGCGACUAUACAUUUUUGGGGAGUGCGAAGCCUUUUCUCGUCGACUCAAGUAAAGUUUAUAAGCGUUGAAAAUAACUAAAGAAAUCUAAAGAAACAUACCUUUCUUCUGUGCACAACGAAAAAGAAGACUCUUUGUUUACGCCAAGAAGUGUUGUAGUUUGGAAUUCAAAUAUUUAUUAAUUUUCGGAAGUUACCAGUUAGCUCAUCAGCUACUUUUGGCAAUAACCAAGCACAACACAGGACUAUUUAGUGUCUUUCGAUUUAAGGUGUGAAAUGGCCAAUUCGGGGCUUCAGAUUUUGGGAUUCGCGAUGUCGUUGAUCGGCCUGAUUGGGCUGAUUAUCGGAACCAUCAUGCCUCAGUGGCAGAUGUCGGCCUACGUGGGCGACAACAUCAUCACCGCCAUCGCCAUGUACCAGGGGCUGUGGAUGUCCUGCGCGUUUCAGAGCACCGGCCAGAUGCAGUGCAAAGUGUACGACUCGGUCCUGCAACUUGACAGCUCCCUGCAGGCGACUCGGGCCCUGAUGGUUGUCAGCAUCGUCGUCACGACAGUAGGGCUGGGCGUGGCCUGCAUGGGGAUGAAGUGCACAAACUGUGGCAGUGACGACAAGACCAAGAAGUCCAGAACUGCCAUGACCGGGGGGAUCGUCCUGCUGGUGGGAGCUCUCUGUGCCAUUGUCGCCUGUGGCUGGUUCUCCCACAAAGUCAUCAAGGCCUUCUAUGACCCUUUCACCCCUGUCAACACCAAGUAUGAGUUUGGGGCGGCCAUCUUCAUCGCCUGGGCGGGGGCCUUCCUGGCUGUGAUGGGGGGGGCCAUGCUGGCGGCCACCUGCCCGGGGAAGAGGAAGGAUGUGAAGUAUCCCAUCGCCACGUCCCGGCCCCCGAGCAGCAACAAGGAGUACGUGUGAGAUCCUCCGGCACUGGCACCCGACGUGUCCCACAAUCCCCUGCUACACCUGGGGGGUUCUGAUUGGUGCAGACUGGGGAGGGGGCGCGCUGUAUUGGGCCUCUGUAAAGAAUACUGCCCCCCCAACCCCCCCAAAACCAGACCUGGUCCUGCCGCAGAAAUAUCUUACUUUUAUUUUUACAAAUAAAAUUUAUAUCAAUAAUAAUGAUCAUUAUACUUUUUAAUUGUACAGCAGUUUUCUUCUUACUGAGAAAAUUCCAAAAUGCAUCCAGCUGGUAUUGUCAGCUUGUCAAAGUUGUUGCCCAAAGUUGUUUAGUGUGAGGUGGGCGUUCAGGUUAUUAUGUCUUUUAUGAUGACAGCUGUACAGAAGCAAAACUUUUGUAAAGUGUGUUUAAGGGGUGCAGUUUGUGUGUGUGUGUGUGUGUGUGAGUGUGUGUGUGUGUGUAUAUAACUAGGGCUGGUGUGUGUUAUCUUCCUUCAGCUGGUAUUCUCUCUCUCACUCUGUAACCUGUUGUCUGAAUUUUUAGUGUGGCUGUUUUUGAUUUGUGAAAAUAUUCUCUUGUGCUAAUAAAACAGUGAAACCCA